AUGGCCUCGAGUGAGUCCUCUCUUGGCGGCGAGCUUGCUCACAGCCUUUUUGGAACAGCCCUGGAGGACCAAAGCGAUGAAUCCGAGCUAUCCGCAGACGAAGACGUGAUCGACAUCAGCUCGAUCGGGAUCCCAUCUCGAGACGAUCCCGAACAAGAAGAAGCUCGUCGUCGAGCUCACGAUGAGCAGAUGCAGAAACUCACCGCCCUUCGGACUGCUGAACGCUGCGAGUACGAAACCACCCCUGCAUCAAAGAUCAAAUUUGAGACCCAGAGGCUCGUCGAUAAAGCCCGCGAGUAUCAGCAAGAGCUGUUUGAACGAGCGAAAGACGAGAACAUCAUCGCUGUGCUUGAUACUGGGAUGGGCAAAACUUUGAUCGCAGCUCUGCUCGUCCGACACGUCCUGGAGCAGCAAAUUACGGAGACCGAUGCUGGGAAGCCUCGCAAGCAUGUCGUCUUCUUAGCGAACAGUGUGCCGCUGGUCCACCAGCAAGCCCGAUUUCUGGCGAGGAAUUUGCCUGAUCCUGUACAGGCUCUCACCGGUCAGGACAAUAUCGACAUGUGGAACCGGGAAGAGUGGCUGCAAGUGCUUGAGAAACAGAGCGUCAUAGUAUGCACUCCUGCAAUCUUAGACCAGGCUCUCUUCCGCAACUUCAUUCGCAUGGAGAGCCUCGCUCUGGUUAUCUUUGACGAAGCUCAUCACUGUAAGAGGAAUCAUCCCUACUCCAGAAUUAUUCGCGACCACUUUCUCAAGAUGAACGCUCAGUUGCAGCGGCCACGCCUUUUCAGCAUGACUGCUUCACCCGUCGACUCUAAACGGGAGAUAUCGGCAACUAUCGCCGAACUCGAGGAGCUGCUCCACAGCAAGUUAGUCACAGUCCCCGACGCCUCCUUAAUGGACUUUGCCUACAAACCGGUUGAUCAGAUUUGGGAAUACGGCCACCAAGGCCAUGUUAUACCGACAGACCUGUAUCUUUCCCUUGCUUCACUUGGACAAGUGCUGCCUGAAAUCAGGUCAGAUCUAGACGCCGCUCUCCAGAUCUCAUCGCAUCUCGGCACCUGGUUCACCGACCGUCUUCUUUGGCACCGUUUCGGCACCGACAAUGCCGUGAGGCUACUCUAUGGAAAAUUCGAGCGAAGUGAGAAGUACACCCACAUGAUGGAUUCGGAGAGAGAGGCUGUCCGAGAGCGAUUCUUCGCCGCGCCGGGCCUCGUCCAGCAGAAAUCGGUCAUAGUGCUCCGACUGGCGCUUCCUGUGAUGUCGCCCAAGGUUAUGAUGCUUUACGACAAGCUCGACGCUUUAUUCACGGAGAAUAAGUCAGCAAGAGCCAUGGUGUUUGUUGAACAGCGCUGGACGGCUGUCUUGCUCGCCGACGCCUUCAAAGCUCUCGGCACCCAUCACCUACACGCCGGAUAUUUCACGGGUAGUGGCACUAGCGGCAGUGAAGUCGUGUCUGCCUUGAGACAAGAACAGACUAUGACGAGGUUCAAUGCCGGUGUCCUCAAUAUCUUGUUCACCACGAGCGUUGGUGAGGAGGGAAUUGAUAUCCCGCUAUGUAAUGCGGUAGUUCGUUUCGACCCAAACCGCAAGACGAUUCAGUACAUCCAGAGCCGUGGGCGGGCUAGAAUGAAAGACUCGAUCUAUGCUCACAUGAUUGAGGAACAUAACUUCAAUCAGAGGGCUAACAUGGAGCACUUUAUUGAGAGCGCGGCCUAUCUCAAGGCUUUCUGUCAGCAGCUGCCACCGGAUCGUCUACUUGGCAGGGGGACCAAACUUGCUCAGAUCCUCGCAAAAGAGUCUUCGUAUCGAAGUUUUCGGACAAGCAACGGCGCGGUGUGCAACUUCAAUAAUUGCCUUCUGGUUCUGAGCAGGUAUGCAAAAUCUCUCUGUCAUGUUGGCGCGACUAUGUCAGAAGUCUACGAAGAAGUCAUCGAAGAGUCCCUUGGAAAGGAGAACAUGUACCAGUACACCGUCCGAUUACCGGUAGUCGGCGAAUCCAUCAUCAAGGGUGCUCAUGGCGAGCGUCGCCCCAACAAGAUUCUGGCCAAGAGAUCUGCCGCCUUCAACUGCGUUUUCAAGCUCCGUGCUGCACAGCUGCUUGAUGAGAAUCUUGACAGCAAGUUCAAGCGGGUCCGCAGGGUUGAGCAUCGUAUGGCCGUUAACGACAAGAAGGACCCCUACGAGAUGGUAUCGAAACCAGGAAUCUGGGAACGAGGGCUCGGAGAUACUCCCAGUACGCUUAAUGCUGCAGUGAUCGAAAUGCAGUCCCAUGGGCACUUGCACCAUGCACUCGCACCGAUGGUCUUGCUGACCAGAGAGCGGCUGCCUGAGUUCCCGGCAUUUCCUAUCUAUCUCGAGAGCGGUGUGCCGACAGAUGUUGUUGUGACAAAUAUCGCUCAGGCUCUUGAGGUGGACGAUAUUUGCCUUCACACUCUGACGUGCUACACGAUGCAUGCGAUCUUUGAAGAUGUCUUCAACAAGGUAUACAAGAAUGAUGCCACUCGAUUGGGCUACUGGUUGGCACCCAGGCGGGCCCAGAGCACCGUGGCAUCUUCUCUCGAGUCUCUUGUCGACAUUACGCAGAUGCAGACUGCUCUGACAUCCAGGGAAACAUGGACACCAGGCACCAACCCUUCGAAAUGGUGUCACCGGUUUUUAGUAGAUCCGCUCAGCGGCAAGCAUCAUUACUUCACAGAAGAUAUUGUAGCAGGCAUGAGCAUUUUUGACGCAGAACCCAAAGAGUUCUUGCCGAGCGAAGGAAAGAAGAGGUUGUCAGCCAGCGUGAUCAACUUCACCGACAGUCACUGGAACCUCAAGCAGAAAGAGGCUCUGGCACCUAUUUGGGAUCGGGACCAACCUGUCAUCAGCGCUGAACUGCUUACGGUUCGUCGCAACUUCCUCGACAAACCAACCGAACAGGAAUUGAAGAGACCUAAAUGCUGGAUCGCGCCACAGCCUCUGGAGUUGGCCCGGCUCAGUGUUGAUGCUGCGCGUACUGCAUUGGCCUGGCCCUCGAUUCUUCAUCGCUUGGAGUCGUACUUAAUUGUUCUGGAAGGGUUCGACACGAUUGGACUCCGAGGUAUUCCAUCGGUUUUGGCUCUUGAAGCUUGCACCAAAGAUGCGAAUAGCGACGAUCAAGAGGCUCGAACCCACUCUACCAGGGCUCGUGGUAUGGGCAAGAACUACGAGCGGCUCGAGUUCAUUGGUGACUCCUUGCUCAAGAUGACGAGCACUAUUUCCGUCUACAAUCGCACCACUGGAAAGGAGGGCGAUAUGCAUGACCGACGGAAGAAUAUACUCUGCAAUGCAAACAUGCACAACGUUUCAACUCAAAAGCUACACUUCUACCGCUACAUCCGAACGACAGGUUUCGAUCGAGCAACAUGGUAUCCGGAGCAUCUGGUUCUUCUCAAAGGCAGAGGUGCAAAUGGUCAGCCUGUGAAGCACGAGAAGAAGACCCACGAUCUCGGUAAAAAGACGAUUGCCGAUGUUAGCGAGUCCACAAUUGGCGCCUGUAUCAUGGCCACGAAACACUUGCCGCUCGAAUCCCGCUUCAACCUAGGGAUCAGGGCAAUCACCACCCUUACUGAUAGUGAUGACCAUCGAAUCAGCGAAUGGAGGGACUUCGCGAUGCAGCACUCAUACCAAGACUGGCAGCUGCAAACCAGCGACCCCUUGGCUAAUGAGAUCGCGGGACAAGUUGCCAGCAAGAUUGGGUACAAGUUCAGAUACCCCCGCCUGGCACGCUCAGCCUUUACCCAUCCCUCACAUAUGCAUGAGCCAGUGCCAGACUAUCAACGUCUUGAGUUCUUGGGCGAUGCUUGCUUCGAUUGGGUUGCGAUCUGGUGGCUGUUUGACAACAACCCGGAUGGGAGUCCGGAAUGGCUCACGGAGCACAAGAUGGCCAUGGUCAGCAAUCAGUUCCUCGCGGCUCUAGCCGUAAUGCUCGGGUUCGAUCGUCUUUUUAGGGUCUACAAUAUCAAAUUGAUGAAUGCCGUGUUUGAGUAUGCCGAGGAGAUGCGCCAACUGAGGCAGGAGUACCCCGAUGCCCCAGAUUUCUGGAGAAAGGGCCAGAAGCCGGUUCCCAAGGCCCUGGCUGACCAGGUUGAAGCCACGAUUGGCGCUAUGCUUGUCGAUUCCAAAUUCGACUUCGCUCCGAUCGAGAAGUUCUUCUUCGACCACGUCGAGCCCUACUUCAGAGACAUCGCUCUGUACGAUGGCUUUGCCAACAGGCAUCCCACAUCUCUUCUACACAAGACUAUCCAGGGAGACUAUGCCUGCAGCGGAUCCAGAAUCGACAUUCGGCAUCCGAGUGGACUGGUUAUCGAUGAAGAUGGGCUGGACGAGCUUCCCGAGGAUCAGAAGAUCACGGCUUCGGUGUUUGUGCACAACCAGUGCAUUGGGUUUGCGGAAGGGACGAGCUCGAGGUAUGCGAAGGUGAAGGCCAGCGCGAAGGCACUGAGGGUGUUGGAUGGCAUGAGUAGGGCGGAGUUCCGUGAGAUGUAUGGCUGUUCCUGUGGAGCGAACGGGCGAGAUGUGGAUGUCGAGGUGGAGGACGUGCAAUGA